AUGUUUGCUCUCUUUGCGGCCUCACUGUUGGCCGUGUCUGCCCAGGCCUCCGCAGCCUGUCGGUGCUUCCCCGGAGAUGCUUGUUGGCCGUCUGAAAAUGUCUGGACUCAGUUCAAUCAGUCAAUUGAUGGCCGGUUGGUGAAAACGGUUCCUCUUGGCACACCAUGCCAUGCACCCAACUAUGACGCUGCCAAAUGUACAAUUUUGCGCGAUGGAUGGACAGUUCCUGAGGAACAUUAUGAAUCCUCGUCAUCCGUCAUGGCUCCAUUCUUUGCGAAUGGUACUUGUGAUCCGUUCCACCCAGUUUCUAAGCCUUGCACUCUGGGCAAUUACGCUGUGUACGCCGUCAACGUUACUACCCCCGCACAUAUCUCCAAAGCUGUCCAAUUCGCCACAAAGCACGAUAUUCGCAUCGUGGUGCGUAAUACUGGCCAUGACUACAGUGGAAGGUCUACCGGUGCAGGAGCCCUAGGUAUCUGGACACACUACCUGAAGGACCUAGAAAUCCACGACUAUAAAGACAAGCAUUAUUCUGGCAAGGCUAUCACUAUGGGAGCUGGCGUCCAAGGUUUUGAAGCCUACGAGGCUGCUGAAAAGGCCAAUGUCCAAGUCGUUGGCGGCGAGUGUCCAACCGUUGGCCUGGCUGGAGGAUACAGCCAGGGUGGUGGGCAUUCCGCCCUCUCCUCUCGUUACGGACUGGGUGCCGACCAAGUUUUGCAGUGGCAAGUGGUGGAUGGCCAGGGCAACUUUAUCACUGCCACCCGCGACAAUGAGUAUUCUGAUCUAUACUGGGCAUUGAGUGGUGGUGGCGGUGGUACCUAUGGUGUGGUCACAUCUAUGACCUCCAAGGCUCACCCUGGUACCCCUGUGUCCGGUCUUAAUAUGACCUUCACCAACGCCAAGAUCUCCCAAGAUACAUUCUACGAGGCGAUCGCGCGCUUCCACACUAGACUCCCUGCUCUGGUGGAUGCCGGUGCUAUGAGUAUCUGGUUCUACACCAACACCAGCUUCGCGAUAUCCCCAUUGACCGGUCCUAACAUCCCGGAGGCCGACCUGCUCAAAUUGAUCCAACCUUUCGUCAGCGACUUAAAGGAGCUUGGUAUUACUCCCACAGUUUACUCCAAGCAGUUCCCCAGCUAUCUGAGUCAGUUCAAUGGCAUGCAGCAGGAGAUAGGCGUUGGCGAGGCACAGUAUGGUGGCUGGCUCAUUCCACGGUCGGUCGUGCAGGACAACAACAAAGGUCUCACAGCCGCUUAUCGCCAGAUCACCGAAGACGGCGCUACCUUCAUCGGUGUUGGUCUCAAUGUAUCACGCCAGGUGGCUGGGGAUGUGAGCAACUCCGUCUUCCCCGGCUGGCGCGACGCUCUGAUCGCAACAACGAUCACUACUCCCUGGAAAUGGGACAAUGACAAGGAAAUGUUGGCAAAUCAGCGAAAAAUGACCGACUCCUAUAUGGCUAAGUUGACUGCGCUGUCACCCAACUCGGGAGCAUACAUGAACGAGGUAAAUUUAGUUCUCGAUCUUGAACACAGAUAUUCUAUACUAACUUCCCUCUCCCAGGCUGAUUUCCGCCAGCCGAAUUUCCAGAAAUUCUUUUUCGGCAAGAAUUAUCCCGCUUUGCAGAAGAUUAAGGCGAAAUAUGAUUCUAAGGACAUAUUCUAUGCCCGGACCAACGUCGGAUCCGAGGCCUGGGAAGAGCGAAAGGAUGGCCGGCUGUGCCGCGUUGGUCAGAGUUCUCGAACAGCUGGACAUGCCAGAGAUCUGUAG